UUUCUGCGGAAUUCUGUCAGGUUUCGCAUUUUAAUUCAAUAAAAAAUAAAUGUUCACAACAUGCACGUGAGAGUGAGAAUAUUUGGCAAACCGGACACUAUUGUCGUGGUUGAAUCGAAGCUGACGAAGAUUGAACAGUUUCGUAAGAUAAUAAAAGAUAAAUUCGACGUGCAACCAAAGUUACAACGUUUGCUGUACGGCGGCAAGUUGCUAGAAAAUGGUUAUACAUUCCAUGAUUAUAACAUCAAGCUCAAUGAUGUUAUCCAGCUUAUGGUUAAAGUGCAGGCAGAGGACGUACCUAAAAAAGAGAAGACUGAUAGUGAAAAAAGUGAGAAAAAUGUAGAUAGCGAAAAAGAUAAGGAUAAAAUUGAGUACAAAGAUGCUGAAAGCAGCUUGUAUGCUGUUGGAGACUUAGUAGAUAUGAGGGAUAUGGAACAGGGUGCUUGGUUGGAAGGAAAGAUAGUAAAAAUAGUGUAUGACCCCAAAACCCACCAUAUAUCUGACACAGUUAAUGAUAAGCACUCUGAGACUAAAGAUUCUAAAUCAAGUUCAGACAAAGAAAGUGAUUCAGAGAACAAUCCACCAGAAGAAGCAAGUUCUGAGAGCAAAGCGAAAAAGAAAGGAAUUGCUAAAUAUUUUACUAAAAGCCCGAAAUCGGUGAAGAAAAAACCAAUUGAUAAAGACUUGAAGAUUGAAAAUUCAAACAAUGUCACUGACGCUAACCUAUUGUAUAAAGUUCAACUGGAUUCUGAUGAAGAGGAUUCAAAUCUCUAUUGCAAGUUAAAAGACAUAAGACCUAGGGCACGGAAAGAAAUUGACGUUGCUGACUUGAAAGCUGGGCAGAAAGUUAUGAUCAACCAUAAUACUGAUGAACCUUUAGAAAAAGGUUACUGGUAUGACUUCAAAGUAGAUGAAAUAAAGAAGCUUAGGACAAGUUACGAGCUGAUCGGGACACUCUACUUGGGUGCUGAUGCUGUGCCUCAAAACGACACCAGGGUGAAAGUACACGACAAAAUCUUCAGCGUCGAAGAGGUGGUGCCCCUUGACCAGAGAACUGAAGAGUACAAGAAAAUGAUGGUCACGCCACCAGAAAAAAGAGCUCUGCCAUUGAAUUGUCUGACGUGCCGAGACGACGAAGACGCGCCGUGCAAGGACUGCGGGUGUUAUCUCUGCUCUGGGAAAGAAUUUCCUGAGAAAAUUGUCCUAUGUGACGAAUGCAACAACGGUUACCACAUGAACUGCCUCUCGCCGCCGCUCAAAGAGCUACCCGAGGAAGACUGGUACUGCCCGUCGUGCAAGCGGGACCCAACAGACGUCGUCGCUCCGGGCGCGGCCAAGCAAGCCAAGAAGACCAGCGCUUCCAAAACUAGCCGGGACUGGGGACGAGGGAUGGCUUGUGUUGGCAAGACGAAAACAUGCGCCAUGCCCCCAAACCACUUUGGUCCCAUCCCAGGCAUUGAAGUGGGCAUGUGUUGGAGAUUCAGAAUACAGCUGUCCGAGUCGGGCGUCCACCGGCCCCCAGUGUCCGGCAUCCACGGACGGGACGUGGAAGGCGCUUACAGCAUCGUGCUGUCCGGCGGCUACGAGGACGACGUCGACCACGGCAACGAGUUCACCUACACGGGCAGCGGAGGCCGAGACCUGUCCGGGAACAAGCGGACGGCAGAACAGUCCUGUGACCAGACUUUGACGAGGGAAAACAAAGCACUAGCGCGGAACUGUGCCGUGAAACAGAUCAGCGAGGAAGGCGGCGACGCGGGCGCAGACUGGCGAAGCGGCAAGCCGGUCCGCGUCGUGCGCUCCUACAAGAUGCUCAAGCACUUCCCUAAGUACGCGCCCAAGGAGGGGAUUCGGUACGACGGUAUCUACAAAGUGGUGAAAUACUACCCAGAGAAGGGACUGUCAGGGUACCGAGUGUGGAAGUACCUGCUGCGAAGGGACGACCCUAGUCCCGCGCCCUGGGAACCAGACGCCAAGCAAUUCCCUAUCGUCUACCCUGAUGGCUACCUAGAGGCUGAAGCCGAAAAGAAAGCCCUAAAAGAAAAGUCCGGCAAGAACGGCAAAGCAAAGACGACUAAGACCUCUAAAAAGAGAGCGCUUAGGGAAAGCAAUCAGACAACGGAAUCGGAGGGCGAGGCUUCCCCACCUGUGAAGAAACGGAAAACCUCUCAGGAAGAUAAGCAGAAGAAGAAAGACAAACCUGCAAAGAACGCCAGCAUAACAGAGAGUCCGAAAGCCAAGAUACCAAGCAUCUUCAACAUCAAGAGUCCGAAGAGCGCGAAGAAAGCCAAGGAUGCGGACAGCGGGCUGUCUGCUGAGGAGAGGGACGUCGUCAAGGAGGACUCGUUGAACGUCAAGCUGUGGGAGGAAUGCAUUGAAAUCUGUGACGCCAAAGGAAAGAAGGAAUUCGUGGAACAUGUGACACAGGUGUUCUUGUGCAUCAUUUGCCAAGAGGUUGCAGUCAGCCCGGUGACCACGCCAUGUCUGCACAAUUUCUGCAUGGCCUGCAUAAAGCUAGCGUUCAAAUCAACCGGUUCCCAGAGCUGUCCGUGCUGCCGCCAGAACCUGGCCAAGUACGAACCAGAGCCGAAUGAGAAACUGAUGGCUGCUCUCAGGAGUAUCCUCCCAGGGUACGACUCGGGGAAGAAAUGACGAAGGAAAUUUAUGUACAAGGCGACACAAUAUCGCGUACGUAGACAAUUUACGUUACUCUGGUUAUAUUUUAAGCAGAGUAAAUACAAAUGAGUAGGUGAUCUUCAUAGAAACGCACCAAGCGCGGUUUGUAUGUGAGCGCGCCAAUACGUAUGCGGCGUAAGAUAACCUACUCAUUUGUAUUUAUUCUGUUUUAAGGCUAAGGUUACAUUUGCAAGUGUUUUUUGAUGAUUCCUGUAUGGUAUAUUGUUAAUAUUCAACGUUAUUGAAAACGAUUUUAAUAUUUCAAAUUACUUUUAGUGUGCAAUGUUUCUUGAUUAAUAAGGUACGAUUUUUUAAACAAUUGUUAGCCUGUAGGUGGGUAUGUGACCACAGUUGAAUUAGCCACGGCUAGCGGAAGGUUUGAUUAGACGAAUUAUAGAUUCAAAAGCCUUAAUUUUUUGUUACAUUUACAAUAAAACACCAUUUCCGGGGAUUUACUACUGCCUGAGUGCCUAUUUGCAGGCGAGGCUCUAUUUAGGUGGUCAAAAAACAUUGAAGUAAUGUGACUAGAGUGCAAAAAUUUUUUGUCAAGAUUGUGUUGUCCUGUUCAAUUAUGUGUGAUACAAGUUCAGUUUUAAUUUAGUUGUAUGUCCCCAUAAAUAACUUGUAGCUAGUGAUUCUUGAUGAAUAUCAACAGUUGUUACGUUGCCACAGCUUGUAUGUGAUAUUCAUAACUGAUGCAUUAUUUUAAUUUAGGUGACGUUAUAUCACUUUAUUUUGAUUUCUUUGUUAAUGUCUUGAAUUAAUAUUAUUAUAAUGUGAUUAUGUAAUGUUUAAAUGUUAUUGAAGUAUUUUUAUAAUUAAACUUUUAAGUAUUAAUGACUUAUCUUGUGUUUGUAAGUCCAAUCAUGUAACGUUAAAACAAGUACAGUUUGUUGAUGUAUUCUCCAAAACUUAUAAUUUUGUAGAAUUAAAUUGUGCCUAUCUUUUUAAAACUAAUGACGCGUGUCGUUUUCCUGAAUUUCCGAAUUUUCUUGAUUUCAAUUACAUUUUAUCAAUGCUCAUCAGUUUACUUUGUAACGGUUGAAUGACCAGGCUUCCUGGGAUUGGAAUUCACAGUUUCGAAACAAUUGAUUCAGUUAAUACAACAAAUAAUGAUGAAGUUUAUUCGUGCAUUAAAUUCCAUUGUUAAUAGCUGUCGAAAAUAAACAUUGUAGUGAAGGCAGACUUAUUUACCUGCCCAUAUGAACAAUGCUUAUCGUUUUAAAUGGAUUUAUUUCAUGACAUGCGAUGCGAUUUUUUUGUACUUUGUAUUUUUUAUGAAGUAAAUUAAAGCUGUUUUAGAUGAAAAUACUAAUCUACCUCGAUAAUACCUAAGUUCCGAUAAGUUUCAAGUUUUGAUAACUUCAUAAUUUAAUAUUAUUCAAACUCAUCUCUUUAAUAAUGUUGAUUGUUAAUCCAAAUUAAAAGACAGAUACUUUCAAACUAAGUAAAAUAGUUCAUGAUGCAAAGAACUUCACAGCCAAGUAUGAUCAGGGUAGUUAUACAGGUAGGUAUAGCUCGUUUCAUCCACGAAGACGCGCCCCACCACAUUUUGGUCUCGGUCGCGCGGGGUGCGGGGAGUUUUAACCGACCAAUCCGAGCGGCAUUAUUGUAGUGUGCGUGUGCACUCAUGGAUAAUUUAGCCUAUACCGAUAACUAUAGUGGAAGAAUGGUGGGGCGCGUCUUCGUGGAUGAAUUGAUCUACGUAUAAAUAGUUUGAGUUAUUGAUUGUUGAUGUCAGUAGAUAGAUCUAAUUAGUAUUAUUAACGCUCAUUACUGAUGGUUUGUUUGGAAACAAUGGCCUCAAGUUUUCCAUAUGCUCGGUAUAUUUGUAACUUAGUAAACAAUGUUAUCUGCAUGAAAUUUAAAAAAGUGAAAAGGGAAAUACUUUUGUGGCUUAGAUCUGCACAUCUUUUUUACCGGUCUAAAGAUGCAUUCGAAACAUAUUUCAUAGUGUUAAUUUUAAUGUAUUUGAUGUAGUACAAAUGGUAGAUUUAGAUUAUUAAGUAUUUUUAAUGCUAGUGCUGUGUAAAAGUAGCGCAUAUCGUAUUCAAAAUUUUUCUAUGAUAAUAAAAAUAAAAACAACGUGAACAAAUUUUCUCACGUAUACCGUACGUUAGUAUUGUAGUGUAGUGUUGUACAAUUGGCCGACUUCAAAUAUUCGAUGGCGUUAUUUUACACAAAAUGUAGCCUUAUAACAUAAACGUUUUUACAACCACAGUAACUAAAUGUAACUGUGUGCUAGUUGUAUUAAAUUUUAUUUUGCAACAAAAUAUUAUAGUCGGAUGUGCUGUUGCUGUACUUGUUUUAAAACACAAAAAUUGCGAGUAGUUUUAGUUAUUUUGAUAUUCAUUUAAGCAUUCCUCAUUUUAAUUGUAAGUAAACAGUUCUAUUUUGUAUUUCCGAAUCAUGGUUGUAUUUGUACAUUCACUAUUUAAUGUAGGUUAAUAUUGAACAGUACUUAGUAUAAACAGGCUUUUAGUAAGGCUUUGGUUCUCGGUUAAUUUUAUGUUAGUGACAAGUGAUACGCGGAAAAGCGACGCCUGGUUAGCCGAUUUUUCUUAGGGUUAAUUAUUGGUUAGUUGACUGACACCAUACUAUAAUUACAUAAUUCCAAGGCACAAUUUCCCCAACAACAUAGACCUGAAAACCUAAAGCUUUGAAAUAAUAAAUCGAGUUCAUGUCAUAAGUUCUCAAUGAUAUACGAAAUCUAUAACAGAGAAUCUCCUGUAUAAAAAAUAAGAGUUUGGUGUGUCAACUAACGAAUUCUUAACGUGUGUCAUAGUGUAAAGAACAAUAACUGUGGGUUACAUUUAUAACUUUGAAAGAAAUAACAUGUAGAGUCACUCUUUACUCUAUUCCUACGACAGCGUUGCCAUUAUUUUUGUUCUUUUCACUGUGAUUGUAAAUACUGUGGAUGUUCACCAAAUGUUAUAUUUGUUUUAGUUUUAUUUUUGAUCUGCGGACAUUAUUGUUAUUUUAAGUAGGCAUUAUAUUUGCAGUGUUAACCAAAACAUUCGGGCCUAAGCAUUAAUUGAUGUUGAGCGAAAUAAUUACAUAAUCUAUGUUUUGUGGUGUGGAAUAAUUAAAAUAUUAAUUAUAUCGAGGCGAAGUAUUUCUGUGAAGCAAUUAUUAUUAUUUAUGACAUUUUAACAGUAAUUCAGUUCCCUGAUUCGGCUGGAUCACCUUAUCCCCUAAAAUGUUGUAGGUUGUUUAAUUUUUAGAUGUGGCAACAAACUUUAAUUAAUGCACUUUUACGGGAACCUGAGAAGCGAUUAUGUUGAUUUGAUUAAUAUAUUAUUUUUUAAAUUA